UCAUAAAUCUCUGUGUGUAAACAGAACAAAAAAACAGUGAACUUUUGCAAAUUAAAUAUCAUUUUUGUUCCACUUAAAACCUUUUUUAUCGAAAAAAUAUGACCAUAAAGUGAUUCGAUUGAUCAGACAACAUCAUUAGUGCUUACUGGUUUGGGGGCAGAUCCAGCGACAUGCCUGGAUUUGUGGCUGUUCAUACUGGUGCUGGAAACUGUAUAGACGAAACAUUGUACAAAAAUGUAUGCAAAGAGGCUUGCUCGCAAGGAGUCAACGCGCUCAAGAAUGGAGGAAGCGCGCUGGAUGCCUGCGAGCUGGCCAUCAUGACCUUGGAGAAUUCCUGUGCGACAAACGCCGGAAUCGGUUCGAAUUUGACUUGGAACGGCCAGGUAGAAUGCGACGCCUGCAUAAUGGAUGGCUCGACGCUGCAGUUCGGUGCUUGUUCGAAUGUAUCGGAUGUGAAGAAUCCGAUUAGCUUGGCCCGUCAUCUGUGCGAGAGGCAAUCGAAACUGUUGAGCUUUGGGCGGAUACCACCGAUGGUGCUGGCCGGGAAAGGCGCUUCGGCUUAUGCGAAAGAGAUCGGAUUACAGAUAGUUCCGACGGAGCACAUGAUCUCGGCAAAGGCAGUCAAAAGUUACGAGCAUUAUAGGAGGAAUAUCGCAAAGUAUGAGGAAAUCAAUCAAAUGAAACUGUCGCCCUUGGACACGGUAGGGGCCGUAUGUGUCGAUGCCGAGGGUUCAAUUGUGGCCGGAUGCAGUUCCGGUGGUCUACUGCUCAAGGUUAGUGGCCGAGUGGGUCAAGCUUCAACCUACGGCGCCGGAUGUUGGGCCCUUACGGAUGAAUCCACGUGCAUGUCGGCGGCCACCUGCACCACCGGAAACGGUGAAUAUCUUAUGAAGACGCUCUUCGCCAAGGAGCUGGUGGACGAUUUGAUAACGUGCAACUGUCCGAUUACCUCGCAACAUCAGACCUACAAGCGGAAACUGCUGGAAUCGCCCUUUCUGGCGAAACAGAGCGAAAUCCACGCUGGAUCGUUGUCAAUCAUCUACAACACGACCACUGCCGAUGGGGACUUGCUGUGGGCCCACACGACCAAUUCCAUGUGCUUAGGGUUUCAGUCGACCAAGCAGAAGAAACCGAAGUUCGUUCUGUCGAAGUUACCACCGAACCUGUCAUGUGGAGUCAAAACCGUCGUCAGCGGGCAUCACUUCAAACUAACGUAUUAGGAGAUAUUUAAAUCCGUUCCUUUCUAGACUAGUACUAAGCUCUUCGUAAAUACUUUCUCCGUUCACCUAUUUUAAAACGCUGGGAGGAAAAAGAAUGUGACUUUGAGAACAGAGAAAAGUUUGCGUAAAUUUUAUAAGCUUUCCUCACAAGACAGAUAGAAUACAAACUGAUCGCUGAAGCAAGAUAAUUUUGACCACAGAAAGGCGACACCUCUUUGAAUAAGCAUUAAUCUUUCUAACGGUUUAAUCGAGUGCAAUCUAAAGCAGACCUCUUUGUAGCAAACAAAUUUGAUACUCAAAUUCCGAAACACACAAAGUCCUACGUGCGGUGUCAACGAAUUAGUUUCUCAUAGAUGACAAAGUCUCUCGUUUCUAGAAAUACUUUGACUAGGAAAAUAAAAAAGUAUCUUUGGAAAUCCUCAA